AUGGAAAAAACGAUAAUAAAAACGCAUGUAUUCGAAUACGACAGAGCGUUUAGCGCUUUUAAAAAUGCAAGUAAUGAAAUGGAAAUAGAAGCACUAUUACAUCAAGCCUUAAUCAACGGUUUAAAAGAGAAAGGAUUAGUAAAUUGUGAUCAGGACGAUCCUAUUCGUAUAGCUGACAUUUGUUGUGGAGCUGGGGAUAGAAUUGUAAAAUAUCUACGAAAUAUCCAAUUUCAAUCCGGUAUCGAUUUAAUCGCUGUCGAUAAUAACCCUGAUUAUACUGGAUUGGCUGACAACGACAGUAUUGAUCAUAAACAGGAUUGCGAAAAACUGAAUUCUACCAAUGGAAUAGCUGGAGAUAAUUUGUACAAGGCCAAACAAGCUAAAAUAAUUCCGUUAAAUAACUAUCGUGUCUUGCAUGCGGAUGUUAUGAAAUGUGAUAUUACGAGAUUACUUCUUGGCUCACAAACUGGAGAUCGUUGUAUAAAAGACUUUAAGUUAGUAUAUCUAUUGCAGUGUGGUUAUUAUUUUAUAUCAUCGCAUCAUGAUCAGGCUCGCUUUAAAGAACUUCUAGAUAAAAUCUGUUCUGAUUUACUAUCAAGCGAUGGUAUCGCAGUUUUAUCACACAGUUGCCUUAAACCGAAUACGCAUGUUUCGUUAUUCAACUAUGCUACAGGUAAAACUAAAUCAUUAAUUCCGACGCCUAAAGAAUGCCUUGAUUUAUCGGUCCAUACUUCUGUAACGAAUUUAUGCGACAACUUAGGCCUGUCUUGCUUUGAUAUACCGUACACUGCAUACUUGCAGCUUAGUCCACAAGUUCAUGAAUAUAAGGAAAUCUUUAAAGAUCCAAAACGAUAUUGUGAAUUGGACAAUAAACCAGAUGCCUUGGCGGACUUUUACACUUUUCUAUUCAUCUAUGAUCGAUCCCUAGAUGAUCUAUAUUGCGACAAAUCUUCUCGUGGAUUAUCAGCUAUGAUUGAUAAUACGUUUGAUAUCAUCGACAGCAAUAACAGAAUACCCAUUCCUGGUGUAUUGCAAGUCAUACUUAAUCGAGCAGCAAGUGUCGACGAUAAGAUACAUGUAGAUGAAUUAGUUCAAAAAUUGGCAAGUCAAUGA